AUGGAGGGUCAGCUCACGCUGGACGAGAAGAAGUUCCUGCUGGCCGUCGAGAGGGGAGACCUGGCCACGGCCCGGAGGUACAUGGAAAGCGCCGAGGCCGGGCACAGUCAGCUCAACUGCAACUGCACGGAUCCUCUGGGACGGUCGGCACUGCUCAUGGCCAUUGACAAUGAGAAUCUGGAGAUGAUUGAACUGCUGCUGGGCCACCGGGUGGACACUAAGGACGCCCUGCUGCAUGCCAUCAGCGAGGAGUACGUCGAAGCAGUCGAAGUCCUGCUGGAGAGGGAAGAAGCAACGAGGAAGCCCGGACAGCCGCACAGCUGGGAAGCCAUCGACCGGGACACAGCCGCCUUCACGCCGGACAUGACGCCCCUCAUCCUGGCCGCCCACCGGGACAACUACGAGAUCCUCAAGAUCCUGCUGGACCGCGGGUACACCUUCCAGGUGCCCCACGGCGUCCGGUGUAGCUGCGGCGAGUGCGUCCGGUCCCGAUCCGAGGACUCUCUGCGCCACUCCCGGUCCCGCAUCAACUCGUACCGGGCGCUGGCGUCUCCGUCGCUCAUCGCCCUGUCGUCCAAGGACCCAAUUCUUACUGCCUUUGAGCUGAGCGGGGAGCUGCGACGGCUCGCUUUCCUCGAGCACGAGUUCAAGAGCGAGUACCUCGAACUCCGCCGAAAGUGCCAGAACUUCGCCACGGCGCUCCUGGACCACACGCGGACUUCGUACGAGCUCGAGGUGUUGCUCAACUACGAUCCGACGGGCCCGGCCUUCGAGCACGGUGACCGGAUGCAUCUGAGCAGGCUCAAGAUGGCCAUCAGGUUCAAGCAAAAGAAGUUCUGCGCCCACCCGAACGUGCAGCAGCUGCUGGCGUCCAUUUGGUACGAGGGCCUGCCGGGCUUCCGCCGCAAGAACAUCAUCUUGCAGUCGCUCCAGACCAUCAAGAUCGGCAUGCUGUUUCCGGUCUACUCGGUCGCCUACAUCGUGGCGCCCCACUCCGAGUUCGGCCGCACCCUGCGCAAGCCGUUCAUCAAGUUCAUCUGCCACUCGGCGUCUUACGUCACGUUUUUAUUCUUGCUUAUUCUCGCAUCGCAGCGGAUAGAGACCGUGGUGGUGGAGUGGUUCGGGACGGACGAAAUGAAGAUGAAAGUGAGAAGCGAUAUCACAACGAAACGAGGGGCCUCACCCAGCAUCGUAGAGUGGAUGAUCCUGGCCUGGGUCGUCGGGCUGAUAUGGAACGAGAUGAAGCAACUUUGGGAUUUGGGACUCAUCCAGUACAUCAGCGACAUGUGGAACAUCAUUGAUUUUAUAACCAACUCUUUAUAUGUAGCCACCGUAGCACUUAGGUUAAUUGUUUAUCUACAGGUCCAAGAUGAGAUUGCUCGGAACACGGGGACUGCAUACCUUCCUAGAGAAAAAUGGAACCCCUGGGACCCUAUCCUGAUCAGCGAAGGCCUCUUCGCUACAGCCAAUAUCUUCAGCUCCUUGAAACUGGUGUACAUCUUCUCGGUGAAUCCUCACCUGGGACCCCUGCAGAUCUCCCUGGGCCGCAUGGUCAUCGACAUCGUGAAGUUCUUCUUCGUGUACACCCUGGUGCUCUUCGCGUUCGCCUGCGGCAUGAACCAGCUCCUGUGGUACUAUGCGGACAACGAGCGGCAGCUGUGCCACAAGCUCAGCCGGGAGUCGGGAGGCUCCUCCUUCAAGAGCGACCACGGCGUUUGCUUCACCUGGAGGCGCUUCGCAAAUCUCUUCGAGUCAUCGCAGACUCUGUUCUGGGCGAGCUUCGGUCUGAUCGACCUGGACAACUUUGAGCUCUCGGGGAUCCAGAGCUACACUCGCUUCUGGGGACUGCUGAUGUUUGGCUCCUACUGCGUCAUCAACGUGGUCGUGCUCUUGAACCUUCUCAUCGCCAUGAUGAAUCACUCCUACCAGAUGAUAUCGGAGCACGCCGACGUGGAAUGGAAAUUCGCCCGGUGCAAGCUUUGGAUGAGCUACUUCGAGGACGGCGGGACGGUGCCCCCGCCCUUCAACGUCAUCCCGACGCCCAAAACGCUCGGCUACUUCCUCCGAUGGUGCUACCGCAAGCUCUGCGGCAACUCCAGAUCGGCCAAGAAGGAGCAUCUCAAGACCAUCAGGAAGAAGGCCAGGCAAGCAAGCGAACGAGACUUGAAGUACCAGACGAUAAUGCGAAACCUCGUGCGCCGUUACAUCACGAGCGAGCAACGCAAGGCGGACAACCAGGGGGUGACGGAAGAUGACGUCAACGAAAUCAAGCAAGAGAUCUCGUCCUUCCGGUACGAGCUGCUCGAAGUGCUCAAGAAUAGCGGCUUCAACACCUCCGGUGCCAGCGGACAGAACCAAGGCAUCGGAGGCAAGAAGGGCCGCCAACGGGAGCGCCGGCUCAUGAAGGGCUUCAACAUCGGCCUCAUCGAGGGCUCCAUGCCGAGCCCGCCCGAGAUCAACAUAGAGGAAGUGACGUCGCGGAAGUCACCGGUGUCUCGAUUGGCCCGCCUGGCGCGCCUCGCCAGCAAAAAGAGCAAGAUGAAGCGCGGUCGCUGGGGGCACCUGGUGGAGGCCACGCGAAGCGCCCGCGCGGCCUUCUCGCGAAGUCGUAGCGAGGAGACCAUGAGCUCCACGUCCAGCGGGUCCUCCGGCACCGCCACGGACCCCAAAAAGGAGUCCGUCUCCAACUCGGAGACGUCGCUGUCCAUGCGCGGCCGCAUCUCGCGCAAGUUCGGCACGCUCACCUUCAGCAGGUCCAAAGUCAAGCUGGCCUUCUCGGAUCAUGACUCCCUCCGGCACUCGUCGUCGGAGAAGCGCAAGGCCCAUCGAACCGUGAGCGCUCCGCCGUCGUCCGUGCUUCCCCGGGGCGCCUACUCCAGGGCGCAGGGGGUCGACCUCCAGAGCGCGUCUUGCAACGUCCUGGCGGCCGACACAUCCAAGCUGUCUCCGAUCCCCAGCUGCGCCAGUUCGAAGGUGCCCACGCCGCGUAACUCCAUCAACGGCACCCUCGAGCCUGAGGACGCUGCUGUCAGCACGACCGGGGAAGACGCGCACUCUGGGGAUGACGGCCUGGCGCAGCAGGUUGCCGACUCGCUCGAAGGCGGUGGCGCCGUUCCGACGGUGGUCGUCCAGUCGUCGUCGGAACAGGAUGACGCCUCCAAGGAUCCCGACGAGACGUCCCUCAAUGGGGCCAUCCCUCUCCUCGCUAGGGUGUACGGUAUCGAACCUGUGAAUAAGCCUGUGAACAUGGGUUGGAUUUGA